AUGAACAACAGUGCUUUGCGUUUCAGCUACCUCCUGAUGGUACUAAGUGCAGUGGAAGCUGGUACAGGUGCUGUGUCAUUCUGGCGGGAGAGCUUCACUAUGACAUGUCCCGAAAAUGGGACCUGGUUCAAAUCAGAUAACCCCGUUCACAGUGCCAGCAAGGACUUCACAGUUACUUAUAAUGGCAAAAACAAAGGCCUAUACUAUUGUGAAUAUGGUGAAAAGGUCAAAUAUUAUUUCUAUGUGGAAGGAAACGUCUGUUCUGAUUGUUUUGAGCUGGACGCAGCACUGUUUGCCUUGGCCAUUGUUGCAGACAUGAGCAUAACACUUAUAUUGAUGUUACUUAUCUACAAGUGCACCAAGAAGAAAAUUUCAAAAGAUACCAAAGUAUCCACAGGCCCGGCCCAGCCUUCUCCUGACUAUGACCGCCUGAACACCCACUCCCAGGAUCCAUAUUCUUUUCUCAACAAUAGCAAAUCAAGAUGA